AUGGGCCAGGCUCCAUUCCUCGCAACCAACACCCCAUCUUCUUCCGACCUUCAAUCGCCGUUCCGGGCGCGAUCAUCUAAGGGCAAGAGCAAAGGCAGCGGCCAACUGCGGGACCGAACCAACAAUGAUGAUGAGGUCGGGAGCGUCACCAUUUCACUGCGCCCCAACCAGCGCGACCUUGACGUCGAUACCGAUGAUGCUGGAGAAAGCGAUCGUCAUAUCUCGUCUAACAGGCGGUCCUCGGGCGGGCGGGCUCUCGCGUCGCGUAAACAACUCUUCCGCCCACGAGCAGCUUCCAUGGCGCUCCCGGACCCCGUGACGCAUGCACCGCCAGUGGCCUCGGCCAGCAACCAGUUCUUCCUUCCCCAUUAUUCGACCGACUCUAAGUUUAGCCUGCAGCAAGGCCAUGGGCGGGCCGGGACCGCGCAUUCCUCCAGCUUUGGCGUCCGAUUGGGGAUGCGCACAGACGACGGCGAAUUUGAGAACACAGGGCUCAACGAUGUCAUCCGACGGGGAGCGGCAAACGGAGGAGAAGUUGCGCUCCCCAAGCUUGCCCUGCGCGCGCUAUCAGAAGCCAAGGAGGACAUGGACACUUGCGCGACGUUCAAGCAGACUCGCAAGGGCAGCAUUGGCAUGGGCCUGUUCAAAGAGUCGCGGUCCCAGCAGAAGGACCCGGAGCGCGAUCGCGGUGGCAGGGCACCCGAGUCCAAGCCGUCGCUAGGCCUUGAAGCAGUCGUCAGUACGCCUCCUCUCGAAGAGGUCGCAGAGGAGGAAGAGGUGUUGGGGUCGCCACCACCAUGCAGGCCUUCGGCGGACCAUCGUUCGCGGCGUGAAAGCAAAUCCGAUGACAAUGUAGUUGUUGCUGAGCCUGCGGGCGUGCCAUCCCCACGGCAGUCUAUCGACAGGGGUCGCGCCUACUCGUUUGAUGAUGACAGCGGAUGGACCUCGACUUCGUCAUCUGGCAGCGGCGAAUUUGAAAGUGCAAGCGCGACCGACACUGACGACGAGGAGCCGCUCGCUGUUCCUCUCGAACCAUACGGCCACAAGGUCGGCGGGCACAGCAGCAUUUACCAGUUCACGCGGGCUGCCAUCUGCAAGCCUCUUGUAGGCCGCGAGAACGUGUUCUACGAGGACAUGGAAAGACUCGCACCAGGCCUGUUGCCUUAUGUCCCUCGCUACCUUGGCGUCAUGGUUGUCAACUAUCGGCGGAAGGCGGACACUGAAGGAUCACAGACGCCAGCGACUGAGCGGGACUUGACUCUGUCACCGGCUGUUUCGCUACCUGCUACACCCUGCCCUCGCUCGCAGACGGGACGAUCAGAGGCGACGGUCUCCGACAUCGAGGUGCCAGAGGUCCAGCUCGACUUCAACCGACACGUCGUGCCAGACUGGCUGUUCAGGUCGGCUGGUCCAUCGUGCCGUAGCUUGGCAGGCAGCCAGUCUUUGGCUGAACGCGGACGCGGUAGGAGGAGGUUUCCUAGCGCAGACGAAAACGACCCGCGCACGCGUCGCUCCUCGUCCGUGCGCUCUCCAGCGUCUGUGCCACGAACCUCCUUCUCCCCGUCCUCGUCGUUCGGCAAGCUUUCCAUUGGCGACCUCGGUUCGCCACCGAACGGCCUGCCCGCUGCAAGACUGAUGCGCGAGGAGCCCCGAACGCCAAUGCAAUCGCCGUCAAGUGUCCACCCACUCCAGCGGCUGCACCACGCCAAUUCAAGUCCUGCCCUCAAUCGCCUUGACAUGUGGUCCUCGCUGGACCGAUCCGGCAAUGGCUUUGGGUCCCCGCACCCGCCUUUUGGCGGCAUCGGCUCCACCACCGUCAACAACAAGCUCAAGGAUCACGUCUUCUCUACCAUCUUCAAGCGCCUCAAGAAGAAGAGCAACCUCUACAGGCCUGUGCACCAUGACGACGCGGAUGCAGAUGACGAGCGUGACGGAGGCCCCCUGAGGCGCCCAGCGUUCAAGCCAAAGCGGUCGGAUUCGGGUUCUCGGUCCAUGCGCCGAACACGGAGUGAGGCUAACGUGCCUGGCGUCGACAACUCCAGCAACGGUAAGCGUGAGCACAGCACCGAGCGCGGCCUAUUUCAUAUGGACGACGACGAGCCAGAGGCACCACAAGCGAAUGGAAGGCGGCCGAAUACCGCUGUGCGCCGAUCCUCGUCGGCGGGUGGCCGGCGUGCCGUGCAUCCGUCCAGAUUGCAGGAGGACGAUUAUUCGCCGUCGAUCGCUCCAAGCGUCGUGAACGGCGAUGACAUCACUCGCCAAGAGCUGUUCAUCUUCAUGGAGGACCUCACUGGCAAGCUCAAGAAGCCGUGUGUACUGGACCUCAAAAUGGGAACGCGACAGUACGGCUAUGACGCAACGCCACUCAAGAAGAUCAGUCAGCGGAAGAAAUGCGAUCAGACCACCAGCCGGACGCUUGGUGUUCGGAUGUGCGGCAUGCAGGUGUGGUCCAACGCCACCCAGUCGUUUGUAUCCAAGAACAAGUAUCGCGGCCGGCAGCUCAAGAAGGAAGAGUUCCCGCGCGUGCUUGCCCUGUUCCUCAACGAUGGUGACCACCUCCUCGCUCAGCACAUCCCACCUCUCAUGCAAAAGCUGUACAGCCUCGCCGCGAUCUUGGCUACGCUCGACGGCUUCCGUUUCUACGGCUGCUCGCUGCUGCUGAUCUACGACGGCGACCACGAGGUGCAAGAGCACUAUGCGCGCAAAGCUCGUCCCGCACAUGAGCGCCACGAGUCAAUGUUCGAAGGUGCACCCCGACGCCGCUCAUCGAUGUCGGCAACAACCCGGCGCUCGCGCUCGGCGGAUGUCGCCGACAUGAAGCGUUCCAAGCGCGUCAAGGGCGACGUCACCGUCCGCAUCGUCGACUUUGCGCACGCGACCUCCGGACAAGACAUCAAGUACCCGUACCCGCGGGGAGUGCGCGACCCGCCCAACUUGGGCAAAGGCUAUUGCCCCAUGAUUGACGACGAGACGGGACUGGCCCUAGCUCGCUUCCCACCGAAGCACCCUCUUGACCCCGACCUCGGCUUCCUCUACGGCAUCUCGUCAAUCGUCGCGUCAUUGCGCGGUAUCUACGCUGACGAGUCUGAACGCUCACGCGCUGCGGGCAACGGCGGCCUCCCGUCACUCCCACCGUUCGAGCACAGCAACGUUUUCGACAAGCUCUUCCCACCGGCCAUGGACUUGACUUACCUGUCAACUUAG